CGAGUAAUGGCCGCACUUCGAAGCAGACUACAUCGAAGUUUGCUUCGAUUUCAACUGAAUUUAGCGGCAUGUCGAGAUGGACGCUGGUUAAGAAGUUUCAGAAAAUAUGAGGGAACAAACCUGAUACAUACAACUUCAAUAUUCGUUCCAUCUGCCAGUUUUAUGCACAUCCCCAUAUAUCAUCAACCAUCCUCAUGUUUACAAGUUCGUGUAUUUAAUAGUAGUAGCAUUAAAGAUGAAAUCCAUUCAACAACAAAACCACGGGAAAUUAUUGAUCCUCAUAGGCUGGUAGAAGAACAGAUCUCAUCUUUAACUCUUCAAAUCAAACAGGAAUUACAAGGUGCCAGUCAAGAAUUAUAUAAAUUAGUAGAAUAUUAUUUUGAUGGACAAGGUAAAUUAUUUCGACCAAUGGUGGUAUUAUUAAUGUCUCAAGCCUGUAAUCAACAUCAUGACUUCUCACAAUCAUUGAUUACAGAGGAUCAGAAUAAAAUAGCUAUGAUUAGUGAAAUGAUUCAUACAGCUAGUUUAAUACAUGAUGAUGUUAUAGACGCUGCUGAUACCAGGAGAGGAAAGACUAGUAUUAAUAUGGUCUGGGGACAGAGAAUGUCUAUAUUAGCUGGUGACUAUGUAAUAUCUAUAGCCUCUAUGUUAUUAGCUAGAAUACGAAAUGAUCAAAUAGUUAUAAUAUUAUCUCAGGUGAUUGAGGAUCUCGUUAGGGGUGAAUUUAUGCAGUUGGGAUCAAAAGAAGAUGAAAGUGAAAGAUUCACCCAUUAUCUCAGGAAAACUUUUAAAAAAACUGCCAGUUUAUUGGCAAAUAGUUGUCAAGCUGUAUCUAUUUUAGCAAAUUGUCCAGAAGAAGUAACUGAAAUAGCAUAUCAAUAUGGAAAAAAUAUUGGAAUAGCUUUUCAAUUAAUAGAUGAUUUAUUAGACUUUACCUCAUGUGAUUUAAUCCUGGGUAAACCUACUGCCGCUGACUUAAAACUAGGAUUAGCCACUGCUCCUGUUUUAUUUGCUGCUCAAGAUUAUCCAGAGUUAAAUUCGCUUAUAAUGAGACGGUUUUCAUUAGAUGGCGAUGUAGAAACUGCUAGACAUCUUGUUGCUAAGAGUGAUGGAGUAGAAGAAACAAGAUACCUAGCAAAUCAACAUGGAAGGGAGGCUAUUAAACAAAUAAAAUUAUUAAAACAAUCAGAAUCACAGCAAGCCUUAAUUAAUUUAAUUAAUACUGUGUUAACGAGGAAAAAAUGAUGAAAGUAGAAUUUAGUAUUCAUGUGUGAAUGAAAUUUAAAUAGAAAGUGCUUUGUGAUGGUUAUUGUUCUGAAGAGAAGAGAGAAGUAUACAGGAAUAGUAGAAUGGUAAUAAUCAAGUUGCUGUUCUGAGGCUUCUAGUUCAUUGGGGACUUUUGAAUUAUUCAAUAAACAGAGCUCAUAACCCUAAAUUUACUUGCAUCACAUGACAGAACUGUACUAUCAUUUGUCGAAGACAAUACAAUGACAAACACUGUCAACUGACUGUCCACCAGUGCCAGGUCAGAAAAUAAUCAAUUCAAAAAGUGAAACCAAAAUUUCUGAUAAUCAAUAUGGAAGAAAAGAUACAAUGUUAUGAUACAAGAAGUAUAACAAAUUUAAUGCGUAAGUCCUAUGUAUUGAUAUUAUUUUCAAAUUCACUAAACCGGAAUUCUUGAAACAAGGUGGGCAUGCCAGUCUAAUAACAAUUAAAAGGCAGCAGCACAUGUACUAAUGAACUAAAUGAAUUAUUUGUUGUCAGUUUUUGGCUGUGUAUUCUAUUGUUGGUCAGUAGAUGAAUCUAAGACUACGCAUUGUUGAGUUUUUGUUAUGGAGUAUAUGUACAGGAGAUGAUUUUGUAUUUGUAUCUUGUCUUUAUGUAAUAAAAUAUAAAAAUUUAG